GUGUGACUGCAAAGGUAUCGGGUAACGCUUAAUUGGGGCUAUAAAGGGGUCUGUCCGUGGAUUGCCACAUCCAAAGUUACUCCAUUACUCCAACAAAGAUGAAGUUCCUCCUGGUAGCGAUUGCCUGGAUCAUAAGUUACUCCAGGGUUAGUGCUCUGGUGCACUACGUAAAGCUGGAAAAGACCGAGAAAGGCUGCAAAACUCAAGAUGGCAAAGAGAUUCUUCCAGGUGAUUUUGUACAGGAUGAUAAAUCCUGUGGAGUAAUAGUGUGUCAGAAUAAGGAAGGAGAUGCUUUAAUACACUAUUGUCAGAUCCCUGUAAGCUUUGCGAAUUGCGCUUACACUUCUAUGUUGACUGACAAAGACUUCCCAGAAUGUUGCUGGAUGUGUUCCAGCUGGAUAGACUGUGGUUCAGCUGCUAAACCGGAGGAUCCAGCUGCUAAACCGGAGGAUCCAGCUGCUCAACCGGAGGAUCCAGCUGCUAAACCGGAUGAUCCACCAGCAGCCCGUGCACCUGCUGUCCCUAGUGCUAUUACUCCUACAACAAUAGAAAAAGCUGAAACUCGGACCAAGGUAAAAGCAGGGAAGAGAAGCACUACCAAGCCUGAGGAAUAUGAUUUUCUCGAAGGAAACGUAAAUAUUAAAUUUGGCGGUGGAUCGCCAAUAUCUAAGUUCGGCGAAGACAGCACAAAAUAAUUGGAAAGCUGAAGUUUUUCAGAAACUUUCAGAUUAUUUUUUAUAAAUUUUGAAAGCCUCGACUUUGCUCAAUUUUUGGCUAAAAUAAAUGACACGGCAAUGUGCA